AACAGAACAAUGUUAGACUUAUAACGGUAAAGGUGUGCGCGGACGAAACAAAGAACAGAAAAAAAUCAAAGAAAACGAAGAACUAAAACUAAGCAGAAAAAAAAACAAAUACAAGCGCGGGCGGCUGAAACAAAGAACAGAAAAAGAAAACACUAGAAACAAAAAAAAGUUUAAUUAACUCGAAACGUGCGUGUCGAAUUGCUGUCAGUUGUGGUUAAAUAUCUUUUUUGUUUUGUUUUUUGUUUUGAUUCUUAAAAAUAAACACAAACCUACAAAAUGGCUUUCAUGAUGCCAGUGAUGAAGAAUAACUAUGAUAUAUACAAGGAUACGCGAUCCCGCAAGACCUCAGAGUGCUCAAAUGCCAGCAGUAAUAACGGUACAACAACAUUGGCCAGUGCCAUGGGAACACCAGGUGCCGGCCAUCAACGCCGCCGCAAAGUCUCCGAAUGCAAAUCUGAAAGUUUUGCCACCUCACCGUCCCACGGUCAAUUUGGUGGCGUUGGCGGUGGCAGCGCCAGUGCCGGCGCUGGCGCUGGUGUUGGCCAUCGCAUGCAAAUGCAGCGUUGCCAUAGUUCCCGUGCCUUUCCGCGCAAUGCAUCGCGCAGUUCGCAUGGUUCAAUGAUGUUAACGGUGUCAUCACCCACACGCUCCAGUCCGCCGAGUCGUACACAAACCGCCUCGGCUCUGGAGCGUCAGGCGGCAAUGCAGCGUCAGCAACAGCAGCAGCAACAACAACAACAACAAGAGACGAGUGCCGCUGCAACAACAACAACGACGGCGGCAACAAAUGAUUAUACCAAAUUUCAUUUACGUUUGGUUGACAAAUUGCGUAAAUCAUUUCGCAAGGAUAGCGGUAAACGGUCAUGA